GUGAACUAAGCUUGACAAGAUAAGGCAAGGUCGGAUUGCUUGAGUUAAUACUGAUUGGCUUUUCACCCGAACCGCAAUCCAUUCACUCCCGACGAAGGCAUCGGGUUUCGGGUUUGCGUUUGAAUAAAUAUUCCUCUCUUAAGACUGCUCGGACUUUUGCCAUACCAAAUUCAUUCAAACAUACUUGCAACAAUUGCAAAAAUCAUCAAACGAAUUAUUCGCAUUUGCAAUUGAAUUCAAUUCGCUCAGAUGGCUCCUUCAAGGGACGACACCACCCUUCCGGCCAUUGCCGUGAAAUCACACCACGAAGGACACCUUUUGCAUCGAUCCCUCGUUCAAAAGCCAUCAAUGGUAGAGUCAGCGAGCGGCAUUGAGUUGAAGCUGGCCAGCGGACAAACCAUUAUUGAUGCCUGUGGCGGUGCAGCAGUUGCCCUGAUCGGCCAUGGCAACGAAGAAGUCACUCAGGCCAUGGUCGAACAGGCCCGAAAGGUCAGCUACGUGCACACACAGGCAUAUACUACUGCCCCAGCUGAGGAACUGGCCGACAUCAUUCUCGAAGGCAACCCCUUCGGUCUGGAGAAAGCCUUCUUCGUUGGCAGCGGAAGCGAGGCAGUUGAGUCGGCUCUGAAGCUGGCCCGUCAAUACUUUUACGAGAAGAAUGAACCAGAGCGCGUUCACAUAAUCUCAAGGCAACAAUCCUACCACGGCAACACCAUGGCUGCCAUGUCCAUUUCCACCAACAAGGCUCGCAAAGCGCCUUACCAGGGCUUUUGCUACCCCAACGUCUCCCACGUUUCGCCCGCUUAUGCCUACCAAUACAAGCACGAAAAUGAAUCUGAAGCUGAGUUUACGGGCAGGUUGCUUGCUGAGUUGGAGGCCGAGUUUCUGCGAGUCGGCCCUGAGAAGGUGGUUGCCUUCAUCGCAGAGACUGUAUCCGGUGCGACUCUGGGCUGUGUGGCAGCGCCGGCGGGUUACUACAAGGCAGUCAGGGCACUCUGCGACAAGUAUGGAAUCCUCUUGAUCCUCGACGAGAUCAUGUGCGGCGUGGGCCGGACUGGCACGUUCUUCGCUUUUGAACAGGAGGGCGUCGUGCCGGAUAUCAUGACGAUUGCGAAAGGCCUGGGUGGUGGAUACGCAGCAAUUGCCGGUGUCCUGAUGCACAGCCGGGUCGUUGAUGUUCUCCGACAGGGCACAAAUGUCUUCAACAACGGACAUACUUACCAGGCUCAUCCCAUCUCCUGUGCUGCGGCGUUGGCCGUGCAACGGAUCGUCAAGCGGGACGACCUGGUUGCGCGCUGUGCCAGCAUGGGCAAGUUGCUAGAGAGGAUGUUGCGCGCCGAACUGCAAAACUGCAAAUCCGUCGGCGACAUUCGAGGCCGAGGUCUCUUCUGGGGCAUUGAAUUCGUCAAGGACAGACAAUCCCGCUCGCCAUUCGAUCCCAAGCUGGCCUUCGGGGUGCGCGUCCAGCAGGCUGCCUUUCAGAAGGGCGUUGCUCUAUACCCCGGCGGCGCGACUGUUGACGGCGUCCGCGGCGACCAUUUGCUACUGGCGCCGCCUUUCACCGUGACUGAGGAACAGCUGGGUCACAUCUGCCGCGUGCUGCGGGAGGCCGUCCAGGAAGUGGAGGAGUUAUUUUGUUGAGCGGAUAUGAUGUGAUAAUGAGAGGAGGCAGGGAAAGACGUCGAAUGAAUAUACGUCUAAACUAGAUUGAUUUAAUCGGUGCGAAUUGACAGAUAUUCUAAGUGUGAAAUAGAUAAUAGAUCGAGACUGCAACUCAU